CAUCACAGCCUCGGCAGCAGAGAAAUCAGGAAAUCGGGCCCUGGGUCUGCCUGGGAGCUGCUCUCGGACGUAGCGCUCGGCUCUGUGUAGGACAGAGACUCCCCAGGAGUUCAGGGAUUCAAGCCCAGGCUCAGCAGUGAGCUUCCCUGGCAUCGCUGUCCCCGGCUCCACAUGGGCACCACUGAGGUGGCAGCAGGAGAGGACAGGGAGUCCCUGAUGCGCUGACGGUUGGCCAUGUCUGGGAAGCACUGGCCCCCCGGGACACAGUGUGUCACCAAGCACGACCACAGCAAGCCCAAGCCCCGGGAGCUGGCCUUCCGCAAGGGGGACAUGGUCACCAUCAUUGAGGCCGUGGAGGGCAAAGGCUGGUACCGCGCCAGGCACCACGAGACAGGGCAGGAGGGGCUGCUGGCAGCCAGUGCCCUGCGGGAGCGCGGGGCCAUCCGCGCUGACCCCAAACUCAGCCUGAUGCCCUGGUUCCAUGGGAAGAUCUCAGGGCUUGAGGCGGUGCAGGAGCUGCAGCCCCCCGAGGACGGGCUGUUCCUGGUGCGCGAGUCUGUGCGGCACCCCGGGGACUACGUGCUGUGCGUGAGCUUUGGCAAGGAGGUGAUCCACUACCGCGUGGUGCACGAGGAGAACACGCUCAGCAUCGACAGCCAGCAGUACUUCUCCAACCUCAUUGACAUGAUUGAGCAUUACAUGAAGGAGCAGGGAGCCAUCUGCACCAAGCUGGUGAAGCCCAAAACAAAAUCUGGGAUGAAGUCUGCUGAGGAGGAGUUGGCCAAAGCUGGCUGGUUGCUGAACCUGAAGCACCUCACACUGGGAGACCGCAUUGGGCAAGGCGAGUUCGGAGAUGUCCUGCAAGGCGAGUACUUGGGGCAGAGGGUGGCUGUGAAGAACAUAAAGUGUGAUGUGACUGCCCAGGCCUUCCUCGCUGAAACAGCUGCCAUGACGAAGGUCCGGCACAAAAACCUGGUGUGUUUGCUGGGAGUGAUCCUGCACAAUGGCCUCUACAUUGUCAUGGAGUUCAUGAGCAAGGGCAACCUGGUGAACUUCCUGCGCACACGGGGCCGGGCACUCGUCCCGACCCAGCAGCUCCUCCUGUUCGCUCUGGAUGUGGCUCAAGGCAUGGACUACCUUGAGUCCAAGAAGUUGGUGCACCGGGACCUGGCUGCCCGCAACAUCCUCAUCUCUGAGGAGAACGUGGCCAAAGUGAGCGACUUCGGCUUGGCCCGGGUCAACCCCAAGGGUGCAGAUGCCACAUUGCUCCCUGUGAAGUGGACGGCACCAGAGGCCCUGAAACACAAUAAAUUCUCCUCCAAGUCGGACGUGUGGAGCUAUGGGAUCCUCCUGUGGGAAACCUUUUCCUUUGGACGGGCACCCUACCCCAAGCUGGCCCUGAAGGAGGUGACGGAGCUGCUGGAGCAGGGGUACCGCAUGGACCCCCCCGAGGGCUGCCCGCCCACCAUCUAUGCCCUGAUGAAGAGCUGCUGGGAGCUGGAGCCAGGCAAGCGCCCAUCCUUCAAGAAACUCACAGAGAAGCUGCAGAAGGAGCUGAAGCACCUGAGGGACAUUUAACCCCCAUCCUGCUACCCAGGACACAGAACCUGAAGCCCUUAGACCCUCCAGGGUUGGGAGUGGCAGGGCAAUAGGGGCCAGGAACAGGAAGGCCUGUGGUGCAGCUCUCUUCCUGUGGAGAUGGGCCAGCAGCCUCCCUCCAUCCCGGCAUGGUCCUUCUACCCACCACACAGCCCAGAGAAGGUUGCCAUGGGAUUGAUCUCCUCUGGCCCACCACAGUGGGGAGCACAGACCCCAAGGCAGCCAAGCCCACACCCCUGUGCUCAGCCCCAGGAGCAGAUGCUGCGUGUGGGGUCCCUUCAAGCUGCGACUCCCAGUGAUGGGAGGCAGGACUGGACAUCUCCACUCACUGGAAGAUGAGACCCCACCCUGACUCAGCUCUGCCCCAGCGCCCAGCCCCACACGGGGAUGGUCGCACAGCCAGCUAAACCACAUGGAUUUGGGCUUUUUGAUUAAACCAAAGAAUCUAGUUCAACAGCA